CACGAUCUCGACUGCCUCGUCUUUGUACAUUUGACUGCUUCCACAACAGCGAUAGGACUGGCUAUUGUGGGCUUCUCGCAGUGGUAGUAGCGCGAGACAGAAGUUCUCAUAGCGCAGGUCGCUCAAAGAAUCCGUGGAUUGCCUGCUCGAUCGCAGAUCCUCAGCGACUCUCGGCGCCUCUAAUCUGUCACCAGCCACACCCACCAACAUGGAGGCUUCCAGGUGAGUCGUGUUGCACCACCGUGGUGCUUCUCAGUCGCAUACAUGCGCACAGACAGCCCUAUGAGAAAUGUCAACACUCAUAUACAUCACCUAUAGCUCAUCCCUUCCACCUCCUCAAACCCCUUCCCACCCUUCUCUCCUUCCUGCCCUCUCCCCUUCAGCCACAGAACAGACGCCAGCUCCACUUCACACUCUCCCUAUGCACCUACAACAGCAGGGUCAACAACCUCAGAGCUCCUCAAGACCUGGUUCAGCUCAUCAACAGCCUUCACAGAACCAAGGUACUCCUACACCGAGCCAUGUCCAACUUCACCAACCUCACCAACCGAUGCAUCCUCAUCCCGUGCAAGCUUAUACUCAGGGUCAGCACCAGAUCCAGCAGCCGCCUAUGCACGAGCAGCAGAUGCAGAAUCAGGGUCAAGGUAUGAUGCGUCCUCCGUCUAGUGGUGCACAUGGACAACACGGAUCCAAUGGUGGCAUCAUGCAACCACAGCAGCAGCAGCAGCAACAGCAACAACUUCCACAUCAAGGUGUCAACGUCUUCGGUGUGGUUAUGGGUCAACCGGGUCAUGGAAUCGGUCCGGGUGGGAUGGCACCAGCUCCAGCGAAAGUAUAUGCGAGCGUCUAUUCGGGUAUCCCCGUAUUUGAAGCAAUGAUCCGUGGCAUUUCUGUGAUGAGGAGAACAUCUGAUUCGUGGGUCAAUGCGACUCAGAUUCUCAAAGUCGCCGGGAUACCCAAAUCUGCCCGUACCAAGAUUCUGGAAAAGGAGAUUCUGACUGGCAUGCACGAGAAGGUCCAGGGUGGAUAUGGCAAGUACCAAGGCACAUGGAUCCCCUUCCAACGAGGACAGGAACUCGCAGAGCAAUACGGCGUCACUGCCUAUCUCGCGCCGAUAUUCGACUUUAAGCCUUCCCCUUCUAAUCUCUCUGCCCUACCUAUGGCUACUGGUGAAACACCGGAUCGGGCUCAGAAAACUCCGGCGCCACACAUGCCUUACCAUCCUGGCGCGAUGCAAGGCCGAGUGGACUCGCCGUUCCAAGGUGGUCAAUACACCAAUGGCGAGGUUGUCAUGGGGAUACCACCUCAUCCAUCCGCCCUGGCGUACCCUACCAAUAUUUACUAUCAGACUCCCGGAGCAGCGUAUCCUGUUGACCGACGUAUAGGCGUUGAGAUGACACCAACGAGAAGUGCGGGCGGAUCUUUGGACCCUCCCGCGGAUAUCGCCAACAUGGGUUUACCUCCCGCGAACUCCAGCGUCUACAUUGAUCAAUACGGACAACCUCAUCCGACGUUUCACCUGCAGACCAUUCCGGAGAUGCCUCCACCAGCAAAGCGACAACGUUCCGACCCCAACGAUGUCAAGCCUGACGGACCGGUCGAGGACAAUGACGACGAGUCGGUGGACGAGGUCAACGAAGCUGCACUCCCAGCCUCGAUGAAGUUGUCCACCAAGCCGUUACGGCCAAAGCCUAACGCUGUCUCUGCCCGAACAAGAUCAAAGCUGUUAGCGCUGUUUUCAGCUGAUGAGCCUGUCAACAUCCGAUCCGUUCUUGGUGUCACGGACGAGACUGCCUCUGAAGUGGACAUCGACGUGGUCAUAGAUAAUCAGGGCCACACGGCCCUACAUUGGGCUUGCGCUCUUGCCCGCCUGAACAUCGUGGCUCAGCUCAUUGAACUCGGCGCUGAUAUUCAUCGGGGCAACUAUGCUGGCGAGACACCAUUGAUCCGCUCAGUCUUAACAACAAAUCACGCCGAAUCGGGAUCUUUCCAUCAACUGUUGACUUACCUCUCUGCGUCCGUCCGGACAUUGGACCACGCGCAUCGAACGGUUAUUCAUCAUGUAGCUUUGAUUGCCGGAGUUAAAGGUCGGGCCUCAUCAGCUAGGAGUUAUAUGGCUCAAGUCCUUGACUGGGUCGCCAAGGAAGCGACCAGUCCAAGUGCGAAUGGCAGUGUCGUCGGUUUGAAGAACCUUGUCGACGUGCAAGAUGUUCAUGGGGACACUGCGUUGAAUGUCGCAGCGCGAGUUGGUAACAAGGCGCUGGUGAAUCUGCUACUGGAUGCUGGAGCCGACAAAGCUAGGGCAAACAAAUUGGGAUUAAAGCCUCUCGACUUUGGUAUCGAGCAGGAGGCUUUAUGGAUCCCUCCAGCGGAGACUAUCAUUGCCAACCUGAAGUCUGAAGUGCCAAAACCUGAGCGGCAAUCAAGGGAUGUGCAGAAGAACAUCUCUGCCAUCUUUGAGACUAUCAACGAUACCUUUGCUGCCGAGAUGACUGCCAAACAGACUGCUCUGAACAAUACGGAGCAAUCAGUACGACUGGGCACGAAAGCUUUGGCCGACAAGCGAUUACAAGUGGUCAAUGCUCAAGCCGCCCUGGAAGAGCUUGAACGAAUGCGUCAAAAGAGUGAUAAUCUCCGCAAAGCUUUGACGUUGCCCGUCAUGCAAAAUAGUCAAGAUUGGACAGGUCGGGAAACGCUUUCAACAGAAAGAGAACCACCCAUGGCAUUUGCACCUCUUCCUCAGGGUGUUCCUCAACCCGUAGCUUCUGGGUCGAGUGAUCCGAUCCCUUUACCUAUGCACGGCGAGGCGGAUGCAGUGAUGCGAUUGAAGCGACUGAAUCUCUGGGAAGAUCGGAUGUGUGAAGUGUUGGAAGAUCGUAUCAAGUCUUUGGAAGGUGAAACGGCGGAUAAGGCGGUCAAGUACAGAAAGCUGGUCAGUCUCUGUACAAAGGUCCCCGUGGAAAAGGUUGAUGGGUCACUCGACGUCCUUAUCACUGCUAUUGAGUCCGACGGACAGAGUAUCGACUUGAGUCGCAUAGCGGGGUUCAUGAAUAGGCUACAGGGUCAAAGCGGAGGACUGUAGGUGGGAACGCGGGAGGGGAGAGAAGGAGGGGGGAAGGAGACUGUUGGUGUUCCUUGUAUCUUCCAUCCCAAUAUAUCAAAGGUAGCUUGCUGCUGGGUGCGCGAGUGUGUGGAUCGGCGAAUGAGGGUAA